CUCUAUGAUUGUGAAGCGAAGAAUCUCUCCAGUCUGAUUAGUCGGUAUUCGACGUGUGCAAGAAGCCCGUUGACGGAGAAGGCGCGCCUAUGUAAGCCGUACUAUAGCCGUACAACGGAGUGCGCGCGCGAUUUGCACUUUGAUUUUGCAGACGUGCCGGUACCUAGAUUGUGAAGAGCUGCCCCUGUGCAGGCAGACUGGCUGAUGCGUAGGUUAGCUGCGUCCCAGUUAAACGUGCGCUCCUCAAUUUGAAACGUGUUUGUAGUACGUUCCCGUUGAUGCAAGUGCGCGCGUAGUCACCGAUGGCGAAAAGCUUGUUUGUUACAUAUUUAUUAUGGCUUACAAUAGGUACACUAGGUGCACAUCACUUCUACCUUGGUCGCGACCGCCAAGCUUUUGUGUGGUGGAUGACACUGGGUGGUUACUUCGGCCUUGGCUUGAUCAGGGAUAUUUGGCGAAUCCCAUAUUAUGUCAAAUACGCCAACAGAGAUCCAGAGACUCUCGACAAGUUGAAGGAAAAAAUACGCAAACAUGCGAAGCCACCGUCAAGUACUGUUAGAUCUAUAGGGCAAAUGAUAGUUUCAGACGCCCUCGGUUACAUGAUCUUGUACGCCAUACCAGUGGAAUACAUUCCUGCGGACUACAUGGCUUUCGCUGCUCUACCAGUGCCACUGGCAGUUGCAAUUGGUGUCCACUUGGUGGGCAACAUAGGGGAACAAGAAGGCAACUUCAAAAUGCCAUUGUUGGGAGCAUACAUGACAUACCCACUCUACUUCUUCAGCACGCACAGCGUCUUUUGGACCAGCCUGGCCUCUAGCUACUUCUUCAACAACUAUGCUAAAACGUGGCGCCUUAAGCCACGGCCUGCCAAGCCAUUGUGCCAGCGGCUUGUAGUGUUCAUCACAUGUGGCCUGCUCUACAGCUCUAUGUGGGCCUCAUGGCUGUACUUCAACUGUAGCAUGACUGACAAUGAUGGCACUGAGGUCAAGUGCCGCGACUCAAUCCAGCACUUCUUUAGCAGCCCUUUGUGGCAGGACUUCAAAAGCGUCAUGGUGGGUAUGUACCACCAGGUGCGACUUCAGGGCUGGAGUGAACUCUGGCGGCUCUUUAUGGAGGCUCUUGAUCCUCAAGGAGAAGCCAAUGCCCUUAAGGUUCUUGGUGUUCGACCCAGUGCCUCCCAAGAAGUCAUCACAGCAGCUUAUCGCAAGCUGGCUCGCCAGUGGCAUCCUGAUCGUUUUAAAGAACAUGGUCAGAAACUGGAAGCUCAAGAGAAAUUUAUUGAGAUUCAGAAGGCAUAUGAGGUCCUCUCCAACUUGAAAUCGCGACGACUAAAAAAGAAUGCUCAAGAACCUGAAAACCCAAGUGAUGUUCGGACCGAGUUCUGAUGUGCUCAACAGUUCCAAUUUGCUGGGUGCACUUUUUCCAAGCAGACUUUAAAUCUGAACUGAACUUCUUUGCGGGCAUUGUUCAUUGUUUUUGUGAGUUGGGUGGGAUAUGUGCAAGCAGUGGUGCCUUUUUUUUCUAUUGGUUUAUUUAGGCAGCACAACAGCAGGCAACAUAAGGUUAGGGUAGCACAUUGCUUCCUAUUACAUUGCACAUACAGCCAUGCAUCAGUGUUCUGCUACCAAAGUGCAAAAAUUAUACUCAUUUGUUCAGUGUAAUUGUGCUUUAAAAUAUAUUGGUUCUGUGAGACAUUACAUUCCAAAGAUUUUUAUUUCUGUUAUUUAAAUGUGUGCCUUUUGUUGACUGCACACCUAGGCAUGUCUUUCAUAGUUGCGUUUAUGGCUGCAGAAAGAUUUGAAAUGUUUCUACAAGAACUUGCAGCAUGGUGUGGUAAACAGUGCAGAAUCAUUGUAUUACUUUUUAGGAAGCAAACACUGCAUAGAGGUUUCUGCAUGAUGUCUUACUCAGGGGAGCACCACUUUCAAUGUCAGUUUGUAUUGCACUGAAAUCUUGGCUUAGUUAAUGUUCCUAAUUUUAGUAUUCUUUGCGAAAGAAGUUAGUAGCCACAAGAAAAUUUAACUGAUUUGUGCAUAAAAUAAGUUGGCCAGUGUGGCUAUUUAAUUAUUUGUACAUAUAUAAUGAACUUUUGACAGAAAGUGAACACGUUUGAAGUAAAAUACUUGCACUAAUGAAUAUAUUAAAUUCUCGUGAUGGCUAAAGACUAAAGGGUGUGAAAGGAAUGUAACUUGUGUGUUAUAAACAGUUAUGCAGUGACAGAAUAUGCUUUUUGAAUAUUUGUGCAAUAAUUAAUUUGGUUUCUUCCUACAUUUUUGUGAGGAGGUUUGCAUACAAAAAAGCUUUGUGCAGUUACAUAAAGUAUACUUAUGUGAGCAUGUGUAUGGAUUUUUAUAUUUUUAAUAUCCUUUGGCAUAAGUUCUUGCUGCAUUGCUGAGCUCAUUUUAUAGCAUGUUCUAGUGCCUCCAAAUCAAGUGUGCAGUGCCUUUAUAUCAGUAUUGUUGGAUGGGUGUAAAUCACACUGAAGGCACUAACAUUCUUCUGUGCCUUAUUGGAACAAUUAGCUUGCCUAUUGUGGAAUGUCUUUACCAAUUCCAUUGUGUGAUCAAGCUUGCUGAAUGACUGCUAUCCCAUGUGAGAAAUUUAUGGCCAUGCCUUGCUGCCAUAUCUGUGAUUAUUCUAGAGUGAUGGCUCCUACUGUUUGUGGUACGGCAGCCGUAUUAUUUUAUGCAUAGCUUUGAUGGCAAGCACUGCACUUAGUUUGUCUAUGUAUGCACCUAUAGCCACUUACAAAGAAUGAGAGGUGGUGAUACUGGGAAAAAGAAGCUACUUUAUGGAUUGUCCUGUGACAAAUGAGUUGCCUUCUAUAAAUCUGUUUGUAAUGUAUAUGUGAUCUAUAUGUGGUAAUGCCUUGAAUAAGUUGCUGCCAGCACCAUGUGGAAGGCUCCAUGACAAGUAGAGUGGGACGAGUUGAGGUGUGCUGUCAAGAGCCUAGCUCUGCCUAAACUCUGCAGCCACCAGUCACCAAGAAUCCAGUAUGGUCACGGCUAGAGGUAAAUGUAGAUGUGAUGGCAUGGUCUGCACCAGUUCCAUCUGUGCGAGUGUCUGUAGAUGCUUACAAAGUACGCUCAAUCGUUCUAGACCGGAAAUAAAGUAGUCAGGGAAAAUUUGCAUCGAUAGGGAAAGUCUGGCUGCUGACAGUGAAUACAGGUGAAAGAGCCAAAGAAAGCUAUUCGCUUAAAGGGGCCAUGGCAGCAAAUUUUCGUGCUUAAAUUAUGCAUUGCAUGUUAAACCAUACGCAUCCCACAGCAACAAAGUUUGAAUGCAUUCAAUGCAGUGAAAAAUUUGUAGUAUUUGAAUUUUUUAAUGUCGCAGUUGAACUGUAAAGCAGCGUGGCAACAGGAAGUGGUUACGAAAUAAAUAGGCGCCUCUGGAAACGGCUUCCUGGGCUAACAGAUACUGGGUUCGAAGGCCUUUUGUGUACUGCAAACACUGGAAGCGAUUGCAGGAGCUGGAAAACAUUAUGGCUGCCAUGCGUCAAUUCGUUUUUGCGCGUGCAUCUUUGCGCAUCUCUGUAGUUUGCUAUUGCUUUUUAUUGUGCAAUUGAAGCAAUUAAGGACACAGUUCAGUGGUGAUGCCAUUGCUGCGCCUUUGAGUGCUAGAGCAUGCAGAGAAAGACAGGCGAUGUGGUCUCGAACUGCUUCAAAGCAGGCGACACAGUGGUGGCCUCUCAGUUACUGUUGUCACACAGCCUUGCCAAACUGGCAGUUGGUGUUGGUAGGAGGAGUUGAGAGGCAGUGAUUUCAGAUUGAAAUUUAGUUUAAAAUGUGCGAUGAGAGCCCAGUUUUUUACCAUGUAUAACCAUACUGGGCCAUCUACUCUCAGUUACAAAUAUAAACAGAACUGUUGGACGACCCUGUCCAGCCCUUUUAAAAAAAAAGUGCAGUAGCUGCACGAAUUUGCAGUAGUGACUGCGAUAGCUGCAGCAAACUGUGGGACUGUUAUGUAACUUUUAUAUUGUAAACAUGUGAUGGCCUUGUGUUGAAGUCGUCAUGCAGCGCUUGCUCUGGGUUUUCAAGUUCAGCGUGGACCAGGCACCAGCUCACGCGGAUAAAGUUUGGCAGGCCCUGCAGCAUCGGCAGGUACACAUAGCUGUGGGAUAGAAACGAAAUGCGGAAUCUUGUUGAUCCGUGGGCAUAGCCGCAUGAGAUCGCGGGUAAUUUAGGCCACUCGACUGCGGAUAGCAGCCAUGGAAGACGAAAAUAAACUGAGAGGGAGCAUUAUGUCACACAGCCCGCCCUCGCAAGUCAACUUUUUGUGAAGCCAUCCCCUUCACCUUUUCUCUAUCAAAAAGUCGGCUCAGCACAUGACCCUGCAAGCGCAGGGUUAUGUGUACGAUUCUUUACAGUACGUUGCAGAAGGGCCCGCUGCUUCUCUCUCAGCUUGCGCCUCUUCUUUACGUUUAUUAUGUGGUUUCGUGCUGUCAUUUAUUUAUUUAUUUUAUUUACAGCAUACUGCAGGCCGUGUGGCCCAAGCAGGGGGGGCAUGGUAACAAAUAAAAGUACAUGUAUAAAAGGCAGAA